UCAUUUAGUCGUAGCGAAGUUGCGGAUCGACCAACUCGCAGAUCCGAGUAGCGCCGAGGUUUAUAUCUACUCCACAAUAAUAUUGCGCUGAAACAAUUGUACAUAUAUUACGUGCACAAUCGUUAUACUCUCGUAGGAAGUUCAUGCGAACAUUUGGCACGUUAACGUCAGCUAUGAAGAACAUAGUGCGAGAUGUGGCAAGGGGUCCCUUGGAUGCGUACCGUCGAAAAGCGAGUUUCGAUUGGAAAACGCUAAAGUUACACUUGGAAGGCGAGGAUUGCAUCAAAUACCAGAACAAAAUAUGGAGCUUCAUGGAAACGCAUCCGGCAUUCAAGUAUCCCACUGGAUCAUUGUCCAUGGACGAAACCCGGAGGAGAUGCAACGCACAAAUACACGCACUCAUCGAUAACGAUAUGCUUCCCGAUCACUCCAAAGGAGGCUGGAUAAAUUAUUUUUUUUACUACGACGCCUCGAUACCCAUCAAAGUAGGCGUCAUGUACGGCAUGGUGCCAAACGUAUUGAUGUCACUGGGCACUGAUUACCACUGCGAAUGUAUCGGAGACAUCGUUCAAAGAAAGAUCGGCGGGUGUUUCGCGCUAACCGAAAUAGGUCACGGCACAAACGUAAAGGGCAUGCAAGCGCGGGCGACCUACGAUCCAAAGACGGACAGCUUCAUCCUGCACACUCCCAGUUUCGAGGCCGCCAAGUGCUGGGCUGGCAAUCUAGCCAAAUGUGCGACACACGCGGUCGUUUACGCCCAGCUGAUAACUCCGGACAACGUCAAUCACGGCCUGCAUCCGUUUUGGGUGAAGAUUCGCGAUCCCGACACCUUGUUGCCGCCGAAGAACGUGACUGUGGGUGAUCUGGGUGAGAAAAUCGCCCUCAACGGAGUCGACAAUGGCUUCGUCAUGUUCAAUCAUUACUCGAUACCGCGGAAUAGUCUGCUGAACAAGACUGCCGAUGUGACGCCUGACGGAAAAUACGUGGCCGCCAUGAAGGAUCAGAGCAAGCGUUUCGGUGCAUCCCUGGGAGCCCUGUCUGGUGGUAGGAUCACCAUCACGUCGAUAUGUGCGAUGAACGCGUGCUUAGCCGUGAGCAUUGCAAUUAGAUAUUGCGCCUCGAGAAAACAAUUUGGGCCGACUCCGGAUGAAGAGUGGCCUGUCAUAGAGUACCAAGUACAGCAAGGACGAUUGAUACCGCACUUGGCAGCUUCGUACGCCAUGAAAAUAUUUUCUUCGGAUUUCCUCGAGUUGAUGACCGACUUUCAAGAGAGAUUGAUGAGCGGCGAGAAAAGCGACAGAAUCAGCGCUAUGGGCAUGGAAAUCCACGCGCUGUCCUCGGCGACGAAGCCUAUGUGCGCUUGGACGGCCAGGGAUGCCAUUCAAGAUUGUCGCGAGUCUUGCGGAGGUCAUGGUUAUUUGAAAGUGUCUCGAUUGGGAAUUAUCAGACAAGAGCACGAUGCAAACUGUACAUACGAGGGCGAGAGCAACGUGCUCAUACAACAGGCUAGCAACUGGCUUGUGAAUCAAUACGCCGGUUUUCUUCAGGGCAAGGGUAUUAAUUCACCACUAAAUACGGCCAAAUUCUUGGAGGAUUCCAAUAGGACAUUAAAGUUGAAAUUCAGCUCGAGUACGAUAGACGAUGCACUCAGGCCAGACAAUUUGCUUGUAUGUUUGAAGUGGCUCGCAUGCUAUUACAUGCAGAAAACCUACCUAGUCAUUCAAUCACUGAAAAAAAGCGGCUGCAAUGAUUUCGAAACGAGAAACGACUCGCAGCUUUUUAAUGCCCGAACUUUGACCUUGGUUUAUGCAGAGCACGCAGUAGUUCAACAGUUCAUUGAAAACUGUAACACACCUGCACUCAAUGAUAGCGAGAGACAAAUACUCAUCAAACUGUGCUCUUUGUAUGCUGCCUGGUGCAUUGAAAAGAGGCUGGGUGAUUUUUAUGCAGGAGGUUUCGCAAGUCCUGAUUCGAAAAUGGAUGAUUUAAUACGUCAAGGUAUAAUUCAACUUUGUAAAGUGUUGGUGAAUGAUGCUGUAUCACUAGUCGAUGUGAUAGCGCCACCUGAUUCUAUCAUCAACUCGCCCCUUGGAAUGUCCGAUGGAAAUAUUUAUAAACAUUUGGAAGAAGCUAUUUACAGGAAUCCCGAUUGUUUGGAGCGUCCAACAUGGUGGAAAGAGAUACUCAAGUCAAAAAUGUGAUGUGAUAUUUAUGGGUUCAUGGGAUUUUAGAGUAGCACAAUUUUAUGGUAUUUGUUAUGUAUUUUAUAAAAAAGUUUUUUCUUAAA